AUUCUGCACAAGCAGCGGACCCGGCAGCGAUGCCUUUGCGCUUUGUUCAGUAGCGUUUUCGAUUUCAUCCAAGACGAACGUACUCCUGGCGUGCUCCUCCGGAUUUACAGGCACUUCUAUAGGGAUAUUGACUAUGAAGUUAGAAAGCUACAGAUGAUAACCUGCUGCUGUGUUUGGAUUUAAAUCACUCCACAGUUAGUAAACGUGGAUACUUGAAUGAGCCAUUCCAUCAACGUUAGAUCUUCCAAGUGAGUUAAGUGAUUUCAUGAAAAGUGUAAUCAGCGAAUAUGCAUAUAAAGGGGUACCAAUUGAAAGAAUCAACAAAUUGAAUCGGCCACACGUCUGAUGAGUGGUUGAGUGAUGAAUGACGAUUGCUGUCAGAAGGCGAGAAAAGUGGAACCGUACGUUAAACACGUCGAUACCGAAUUUCAAUCGGUACGAGAUUCUCUUCAGAUCUUUUCUAUCGGUUAUUUACCCAAUGAAAUGAAAUAAGUUUUUGCCGGCGAGUGUUUAUCCAAAGAUUCCAAUAUCAAUUAGUGCAGAAGAAGCGGUUAAUUUCGUGGGAAUCACCGCUAAAUCAGAUUUAAUCCAUUACCGACGUAGUUUUUGAUACGAGUGUUUACAAUUAUGGUUUUGUGAUCUCCAGCAUCGCGGGGCGAACUAGUGAUAGAAAAAAAGAGUAACAGAAAACGUGCCAAGCAAUCUGUUUCCGCAGUGGGCAGUCCGUUUAGUAUUUCCGUUAAGGUCAACAAUUAAGGUAAUAAAAUUGGUGCGGCCGGGCAAACAAAUCGGUGCGAUAAACACUGUGAUUGAAAUAAAAAAUAUUACACGUUGGUAAAUUUGUUUGGAACUACGUGUGCGGUGAAUCCGUAUGUAAAUGCGGAUCUCACUCUCAAGGGAGGGAAAAAAAUAUACGAUGUGCGAUAAAUCAAAUCAAAAUAGCCAACCUUUUUCGCGAUGAGGAGUGAAAAACAAAUUUGCUGGAAUAAAACAAAAGCCCGGGAAAGUGAAUCAUUGCAGAGGGCUUUCACAGACCAAGCUGCUGUAUUUAGCCGAUGAGAGAAUUAUUGACACGAGAUCUGCGUUGUGUUGCGGCUUCGAAAUAAACUCCGGUAGCUUCAUGAACAACUGCACUGAGAUGGAAAUAAAAUUUACAGAUUGACACCAGUAUCAACUAUUAUGGACUCAGUUAAUCUGCAGAUCUGGGAGGAGAUUUUCCAGAUACUCUUCGUUUAGCUUCCGAACAGUUCAUCCGCACGACACACCAUGCUCGACCCAGGCGGUAAAAGAGAGUCAAUGUAUGACUCGUACUAUUUGGCAUCGGAUGGUGCCGCCAACGAAACCAUUUCCAACCGCGUUUAUGGCAGUGUCAUCUUCCAGGAAGGUUCUGGCAGUGCGCGAGACUACACUGGCACCGACGAGUUUGCCCUGCUGGAGACCCUGUUGGACAACUGCACCAGCGGGCUAGGCAAUGUAUCAACCACGGAAGUUCCCUACAUACCGUACGUGCGGAGGCCGGAAACCUACAUCGUGCCAAUACUGUUCGUUGCUAUAUUUAUCGUUGGCGUGCUGGGAAAUGGAACGCUUAUUAUCGUGUUUCUGCGACACCGAGCCAUGCGGAAUGUGCCGAACACAUAUAUACUAUCAUUAGCGCUGGCGGACCUGUUACUCAUAGUGACAACCGUUCCGUUUACGUCAAUUCUGUACACGGUGGACUCCUGGCCCUGGGGCAGCCUGCUCUGCACAUCGUCCGAGUUCAUCAAGGACGUCUCAAUCGGGGUGUCGGUCUUCACGCUGACAGCCCUUUCCGGCGAUCGGUUCUUCGCCAUCGUGGAUCCACUGCGGAAGUUCCACGCUCAUGGCGGCGGACGGAAAGCAACGCGGAUGACCAUCACGAUUGCCGUCCUGAUAUGGAUACUGGCAAUUAUAUUCGCCAUUCCCGCCAUCGUGGGGUCACAUAUCAGGACGGAAAAAGUGAACAAGGACGUCACGAUUGACUUUUGCUACCCAUUUCCGGGCAAGUGGGGCACGGAAUAUGCACGCGGGAUUGUGCUCGGCAAGUUCCUGGCCUAUUACGCAGUGCCACUGUGUAUAAUAGCAAUCUUCUACGCGCUGAUAGCGCGCCAUCUCAUACACAGUGCCAAACAUGUGCCUGGCGAAACGCAGGGAACAGUGAGACAGGUCAAAGCGAGGCGAAAAGUUGCUGUCACCGUGCUGGCGUUUGUCGUUAUAUUUGGGAUCUGCUUCCUGCCGUCGCAUCUCUUCAUGCUGUGGUUUUACUACAACCCAAACUCCCAGGAAGACUACAAUCAUUUCUGGCACGUAUUGCGGAUAGUGGGCUUUUGUUUAUCAUUUGCCAAUAGCUGUGCUAAUCCUGUAGCGCUGUAUUGCGUAAGCGGAGCUUUCCGCAAACAUUUUAAUAGAUACUUGCUGUGUGAAGGAACGUCCAGCGCCCGCCGGCGCCGGGGAGAUAACUUGGGCCAUCGGGACACGUCACUGACGAGCACCAUGUCCAGGCGGUACCCCAGCAAAAGGAUAGGAACCCACUCAGUGCGAUUAAACAUCCAGGAGACUACCAUCAUCAUGCUUCCGAAUGGAACGAGCACAAACGGAAACCAUCAGAGCACCAAUCAACCCGACAGAGAUGGAAUCUGCCUCUCCUAAUAGAACUAUUUCCUCGUAUGAAACGCCAACAGAAUAAAUUCACCCCUGAAAAUCCUGUAUUCAAUGGCACGUUCAAGUGCUGUGACCAAAGCUUACAGCUGUUAAGACCGGAUGACUUCGCGCGCUAAACAUAGAUAGGAUGUAGGAAAAAUCAUUUUUGUGCACAACCCAAUUGGCGGUAUCCAUCACGAAAGCUGUCAACCGCAUAUCGUAUUUAGUCGUUUUCCACCACCCACGCCUUCGCUGAAAGGAGCAAAAGGGUGAUGGCGUUUCACUUAGCUAGAAUUAAAUGCGAAACCCGGGCAAGGAUAGUCUUAUCUAAAUUGGGAAGAACCUGGCUGGCUCCCGGAAUCUGCUCCGGCAAUCUGACCGAACACGGAAAGGUUGAGUUCGCUCUGAUGACCGCUUAGAGACAAGCUGGGCGAAACCAUUGUUGGGAAACAAUGCGGUAAGUUGCCCGUAAAGAUGCUAUGAAAAACGAUGAGUCCUUUCGCCGGAGGGCGGUCUUAGUACAUACGUAAACCUACGUACAGUCAUAUAUUAGAUUUUUGUUUUUGUGGAAGGGGAAUGAGCGCCUGCAACCGUUUUGAUUCAUAUUCCGUACUCAUAUUUCGAAGAAAUGGCAUAAA